UCUGUGUUCACGACUUCGCGACUCGCGUUUCAUCUGCCAUCGUUUCGAUCUGACACAAAUUUAUUUGUCAAAAUACCGUAAUAAACAUAAUUGCCUUUAUCUCCAUUGUUUCUCCUAAGUUUCUUCCCGUUCGUCCUUCAAUUUAAUCGUAAUAUUUCGUCGUUAAAAAGUUAAAUUCGAUUGGUUUAAAUUAAACUGUUUUUCAUUACCAGAAGAAGUACCAAAAUUGCCGGUUACCAUAGAUGCUAGAGGGAUAAAAUACAAUGUGUACAUCAUAGUCCAGUAGUGGUGUAUGUCAAUGGUCACUAGCGCCAGUGGAUGGUACAAUGAGUGAGGAGUCGCAGUCUCAUGAUGGCAGCAAGAAGAGUCCAUCAUUGGCUGCGGCCAGCGAAGCAGGCCUUCCUGAGGCUGAAUGUGAGCCGCAGGAUGCAUCUACGCACAUCUCACAGACUAAUAUUGCUCAGAUGACGGCGAGCUCUGUGCCCACGGACGGCAACAAAUGGAAAUGUGAAACUUGCACGUAUGAGAAUUUCCCGCUUUCCCGCAAGUGUACAAUGUGUCGCUCCAACAAGCCAUCGCUCGGGGAGGACAUAUUCAAACUACAAGAUGGCGCCAGCGCGCUCCCGACGCAGGACGACUGUGGCGCGGAAGCCAUAGCAGAGAGGCUGAAGCCGCUGAGGAUAUCGUCUCCGCAGGGUCAGGCGGGCGCCUCGUCAGUCAACAAGUGGCCUUGUGCGACAUGCACGUACGAGAACUGGCCGCGCGCGCUCAAGUGCGCCAUGUGCGGCGCGGGCGGCAGUCCGCACCGCCCGCACCCCCCGCACCCCGCACACUCCACGUACCCCGCCGCUGUAGGUAUAAACGACCUCUGCAACAGCCAGCCACCCUCACAGCACGAGCUGGACGCGAGCGGGCGGCGCUGCAAGCGGCGGAACAACACCGACUGGAUAUGGCUGCAGGCCUGCCUCGGUGUGGUUGAAGGCGACGCGCGCUGCGUGGACGCCUACCUCGCGUCGGGGGGUGACCCCGCGCGCCCCCUCACCGCCUCCGAGGUGGCGUUGCUCAACCGCGCUUCGGCCUUCGACACUGGCCACACGCUGGUGCAUCUAGCCAUCAGAUUUCAAAGACAAGAAAUACUAUCGACAUUGCUGUCUCGAAUAUCGGGCGGCGGGCCGGGAUUGAAGAGGUCACCUUCAUACGUAGCUCCUGAUCUGGCGACGGCUAUCCGCCGCCACAUUGCGGGCUGCGUUCGAUACAAGAAGGGCAGCUUUCCGUGCCGGUACAUCAACGAGUUCUGCACAUUCUCAUUACCGUCAGAAAUCGAGGAGCUUCCGGCGGCUAUACAGGAGCAGCUGUUCUCAGAGCUGCUGGACCGCGAGGCGCAGCAGACGCUUGAGGCGGACCCGCCGCUCAUCAACUGGAGCUUGCAUCUCACUGUCACGCUAGGUUCCCGUCUAUACGCGCUGUGGAACCGCUCGGCCGGCGACUGCCUGCCCGACGCGGUGUGCCAGGCGGCGUACGGCGUGUCCGACCGCGCCAACGUGCUGCGCACCGCGCUGGCCGACACUCUCCACCAGGCGAACCGCAGUUUUUACUCGCGCUGGACGGCGUGGGAGCGCCUGCAGGCGACGGAGCUUCACUACCAGCCUGAGGAGACGCAGCUGCGCACUGAGUGGGCGCGGCUGGUGGCCGCCGCCGCCAGACCGGGGACUGCGCUGCACCAGCUGCACGUGUUCGCGCUGGCGCACGUGAUGCGGCGGCCGAUCUUCGUGUACGGCGUGGAGGUCGUCAACUCGUUCCGCGGCGAGGCGCUCGGCUACGCGCGCUUCCAGGGAAUAUAUCUGCCAUUGCUGUGGGAGCCGGAGUUCUGCUCCAAGUCACCGCUGUGCCUGGGCUACACGCGCGGACACUUCUCCGCGCUCGUGCCCAUAGAGCCGUACGCGCACAGGCACGCUUACAUUUGUCGGGACCAGCAGGAAGAGGCCGAAGACACCACGUACCUGCCGCUCACCGAUUCGGACGGGAAGCUACUGCCCGUACACUUCCUCACUUGUGACGAGCUGGCGGAGGAGGAGGCGCUGGUGCGGCGCUGGGUGGCGGCGCGCGCGGGCGGCGGCGCGCUGGCGGCGGCGCAGCGCCUGCACGCGCGCCCGCUGCUGCAGGCGCAGAUGCUGGAGGAGUGGCUCAACCACUACCGCCGGCUGGCGGCGUGACGCGACGUGACGUGACGUCACCGCCAACAUGUCAGGCGCCAUCAUCAGCUGAGACUGCACACAUCUGCAACGUUCUCAUCCGACGCAGACAUGGACGAACACACACACUCUCCGAGGACCCCCUGCACACACAGACAUACUGUAUUCGAAAUACAAAUGUCAUUCAUGUCAUGGAAAACACACUCUUUGAUUUUAUAUCUUAUUAUAAUUUGCUCUGUAAAGGUCUCCGCACACUAGGCGGCCACGAUUACGAUCACGUUGGACGUGGUCGCAAUGCCUAUGAUUUGGCUGCUUAUUUACUACUACGAAAGGUCAUGUGCUUGAUGCUACUAACACAGUCUUCCCCAAUGCAAGUGGACAGAGAAUAUACCCUACCGGCAAAGACGUAUCGCCAAGCGAUUUAGCGUUCCGGUACGAUGUCGUGUAAAAAGCGAAAGGGGUGGAUUUCCAUCGUACUCCUAACAAGUUCGCCCGUUUCCAUCUUUGAGUGCAUCAUCACUUACCAUCAAGUGAGAUUGUAGCAACGGCUAACUUGUAGAGAAUAAAUUUAAAAAAUAUGGCUAGUAUUCCUUAAAAAAAAUAUAAGGUUUCUUCAGUUUACCUGGUCGUGGUCAUGGCCGUCUAGUGUGCGAGUGCCCUAAGGGUUGAUAUUCUAUUUUUGGAAGACGUCUUUGAUUGUAGUGGUAAGACAGCACUAACAUGUUUGUGUGUGAAAACUUGAGUAACGUCAGACAGCAGAAAAGAAAUGUCAAAUUAUUGAUAUAUGGGCGUGUAACAUCGAAACCCGUUUACCAAAAAACCGUUGCUUAGCAACGAGUUACAAAGUAUGAUUAAUUAACAUAUUAUUUCUGUAUUGCUGACGCUGCUUUACUGUCAUUCACAAACACGCCUGUCUUACACUUUAACAAUUCUACUAAUUUUGUAGAGCAAUAUAAAAUUGAAUUUUAUGGUAUAAUAAAUACGGAUUAUUUUCCUUUGUGUAAAUUGCUUAGUAUAGCGCGGCAGCUGGUUGCAUAUUGUAUCUUAAGUAAUUAAAAUCAGGUGUUACUUUACGGAAGUUCGUUAUGAAUAGGAAUUUAUUAUGCUAUUCUUCGCAAAAUAUCGACGAAUUCAAGGGAUAACUUCAAUAAAACGAUAGAAAAUCCUCUACGUACGUUUUUCUACUAAUUUAUUAUCGUUUACAUAUUGUAUAUGUUGCCGGCAAUCUGUUUAAUUCAGGUAUUCUAUACAAUGCCUAGGCAAUGUAUUUUAUUUCAUAAUGCCUAUACAUUUUAGGUAUUCUAUACAUUGCCUAGGCAUAGUAUACUAUACUAUGCCUAGGCAAUGUACCGAUUAUACAAAUUGCCGAUAACAAUGACAUUAAACGUAAUAUCUUAUAAUAGCUUAUAAACUAAGAGCCUACGGCAGACAGACAUACCUCAUUUCAUAAUUUCUGAAAAUUUGUCAGAAUAUGCUUCUAUCCCCAACCCACAGUAUAAUAAUAAAUAAAUAUUAUAUAGGGUUGUGUUACGUUUAGGAUUUGUGGGUAAAAUACUGGCAGCCAUAUUUAUAACAUCGAUUAAAAGGAGAUAUCCUAAUUUGGGCCCACUUUUCAGAAUGAUACAAAACAUACUAAAAAUCUUGUAUAUUUAACUAGAUUACCCCAUUUAAAGUUUAAAAAAGUUUAAAAAAGUUUUUAGGAUUAUUUUACAUUACAUUUACAUUAGAAUCUUAGGCGAAUAAUAUUCGCGAACAGGCAAAGUAAGCUGAUUUCAUUAUUUUCACACCGAUCCUGCUUUACAAAUGCAUAUCGUAGUGAUUUAUAUAUCCUUUUUGAUGCGUAUUUCAAUCUGUCUGUCAAUGUCAAAGUCAAUCAAUGAAUGAGAUGUCAUUGUCAAAUAUCAUUAUCUUAAUUUGAUUAGAUGUGUCCUCAGACCAAUUAUUGUAUAGGACCUGCCUCGCUAGACGUUACUUUUCUGCCAAAGUAUAUGAUCAACGAUCUAACGCUAUUAUAAAAACUGUCUACAAAGAAUCGAUGUUUCAUAGUUGUAAUGGAAUUCGUCGGUUAAAGAGCUGCUUACGAAUACAUUUUUAUGUAGUUGAAUGGUGUAAAAAACGGGCAAGAACUUCUAGUUUAGUAUAAGAUAUGCACCAAAUCCAAGCUCGUUUUGUUCGGAAAAUGACAGACAAUUUUGUUCGUGAAUAUGGGUGCAAUACUGGUCCUUCUAUAAUUGGUCUGAGGAUGUGUCAAGUUAGUGGCAAAUAAUAUUAAACUGUCGUCUGCAUAGAUCUAUAAAUUUAUGGUCGCAAAUGACUUAGACACAGAUAGUACAAUGAUUUUUUUUUUAAAUAAAAAUUGGUCUCAUGAGUUGUCGUUAAUUGUCCUAAUUUAUGGCUAGUAUUGGGCCCGAGUUUUACGGAGACUGGGUAUCUGUUUUAGGCAUCAAACUUAAGUGGACCUAAUCAUUACUAUUUAGGGCUCCCGCAUACAACUGCCUCGGAAUGUGGUUGAUGUUUCGUUUCGGUUCGGUCGAAACUACAGCCGAAACCGAAACUGAAGCUGAAGUUGAAAUUCGUUUUACUUAAUUUAACUAUAACUGCCCCCCCCCCCUUUAACGCGCGUUACAGCUGCUUUUGUGGCUUCUUCUUGCUUCUUGUGGCGGCAUUUGUUGAACUUAAAGUUUACUUUACUUUGAAAUAGCUUGGUGCUUAAAUCUAAAUCAAUAUUUAUUUAUAUGGCUGUAUGAGAUCAAGUUGGCACAAAAUUUAGAAACGUUUUUAUCAUUAGGGAUAAUCCGAAAGCAUUGCAGGAUGGUUUCUGAGUUAUUGUUUAAAAUGUGAUAUUUGCUCAUAUUUUCUAUGAUAAUCUAAAAAUUAUAUGUCCUAAACUUCCAUUAACAUUAGCUAAUGCUUUUUUAUUAUAGAGAUAAAUAUUGUGUUAUAGCUAUAUAUUAUAGCUAUCACAGACUAAUGAGAAAAGAAAGACAGUACACUAAUGUUUCUACGGCACCCUUGUUAUCACUGUACUGGGUAUUGUGGAUGAAUUGAGUAUCCCAUCAAAAUGUUAUUUUCUACUCUCGAAAACACAUAUCGAUAGUGAUUUUUCUUCCGUCAUCCGUGCAUUUGCUUGAUGUGUUUAUAUAAAUCGAGAUUUUCAUUCACUAAAUAACAACCGGUGGUGUAGAUUCCAACACAGUUUCGUGACCUUCAAAGGAGAUGGUCCAAAAUUGUAUGGAGCCCAGGUCCAGUCAUUUUACCCUAGCGGAAAUAAAAGAAGAUAUUAUUUUUAACUAUUUUUGAUUGUACAAAUCUACGAAUUUACUUUAAUUCUUUCGAAAUAAUAUUCAUUAUCUCCCAAGAAAUGCAACAUUAAUAAGGGUAUUCAUGGCGGAUAGAUGACGUUUUCAAUACAUUAAUCAAUUUGACGUUUGCUGUCAACUGUCAUGUCAUAGUUACUCCAUGGACGCCAUCUUGAUAUAACUUAAUUUUUUUUUAUUUUAUUUAUUUCUUUUUAUUUAGUAAGAUUUAUUCACUUUAAUAAAUUUUAUUAAAUUCCUUGUAUUUUUUAAAUUUUAAUGAUACGGGGUACAAGAGUAAACCUGAAAUGGACCAUCUCCUUUGGUUCAAAUAUGUUUAGUUUUUAAUUAACGCAUAUAGCAGCUAAUACUCAUCCAGUUAACAAACUACCUACCGUAUGAUAAUUACUGAACUCUCAUUAUGCAGGAAAAAAAAAGAAACAUGGAGAAAAUGAAAAAAAAAAUUCAAUACACAAUAAUAAAUAUACAAGAAAAAACUAGUCACAGUUAUCAAUUUCUUCGUGAGUUUGAAUUGAGUUUUUUUUAAUAAUUAAUUCUUGACAAGUACAGGUUAAAAAGACGUUAAAUAUCAAAGACAAAAAGGAAAAAGAUAGACGGUAACUGAGGGUCUGCGAUAUUUUUUAUUGUUAUUUUUAAUAACUCAAUAGCCACGACUGUAUAACACAUACUUGCUAUUUUUUUAUAUUUUGGCUAGAAACUAUAUAAUAAGUUCGAACUCGUAAAUAAUAACACUAUCUUAUUCAUUUUUAUUAACUUUGAAAAUUUGAGUCAAAUAACUACUUUCAGCAAUAAUUAUCACAAUGUGUACUUAAAAGUAAAGAAAAUUGUAGUUGUAGAUAGGCAAAUUCAAUAUUACACACAAAAUAUGGAACAAAGCAAAGAAAACAACGGAAGAGAUUUCUAAAAUGCGCAAAUGCUUAUCGUCCAAAACAAUUACCUAGAGACUAUAGAGAGAUAACCAAGGCAACAAAAAAAAUUUUUGGUUGGCUGUAGAAUGUUAGUUCUGAUAUGUUUAUUAUUAUUUUUUUUUAUUUUCAAUAAUGUUACGUAUGUAAAAAAUAAUAAAAAAAUCCAGUCCUCUGGAUGCGGAGAUAGAGGACCCAAACAAUCGGUGACUUGGGCUCCAUAGCAGUGGCUUACACAAACGUUUUUAACUAUACCUUUUUCAAUACAAAUUUAUAAUGAGUUAUUAUGGGAGACAGUGUUUUUCUUGCAUCUAUGAAAUGUUAAAUACUGAUCCUGAGGAACCUCACAAUAAGCGGCUUCUCAAGAAUAACUGCCUUCUGUAUUCGACCAUUGGUUAAACAGUCAUGUGAAAACUUUAGUCAUUGGUCGAAGCUUUUUGCUUUAAGACCAUUGACUGAAACGACUAUCGGAACAACAAUAAGUUGGCUCAACAUUCCACAUGGCGAUAAUUUCGCGAGCAAGGUCCCAAGUAUUUUGAUACUUAUUCCUUUUCAACUUUCACCAUAUUAUCGUCAUUUGGAACAGUAAUAUUACAAAUUAUUAUGUUCAGCGCAUUGAGUACUUAGUGGGAGUUUUUAGUGUUUUCAUACUGUGACGAUCGGGUAAACGUAAACGCGGAUUUCUAAGGAAUUGAACAGUUGUGCAGUAGUGCCGCUAGAUGGCGCUGUUUUAAUUCCUUAGAAAUUCGCGUUUACGUUUACGCGAUAGUCACAGUGUCUCCCACUGGGCACUCUGAUCGAUAGACUAGCAUUAAGUUAGGGCUUUUAGUCAUGUUUCAAAGCGAUUCUCUUUCUACAAAUUACAUUUGUUAUUGAUAGGUCACGUGAACAACAUUUCAAUCGGUUAAGUCACUCUCAUACAUUUUUUAAUUUUCGAAGCGAUAGUGUCUGUAGAAAGAGAAAAUCGCUAUGUAACAUGGCUAGACGCUCAUGUUUACUGGCUGUAUAUUAUUAUAGUUCUAAAAUCCAUACUUUUUCUCUUACAGACUACAUUAUCUCGGUUUAAUACUAAAUUAUCGUCUAAGGAGAGUCUAUUCGAAGUAAAAAUUAAAAAAAAAGGAUAUUUUACGAUACUGUACAGAGAGUAUAAGGUUCUAAUAAUAUUUAUUUUGUUCUUUCGGUUGUAUGUAAAUAUUUAUGUUAAAAUUGUGUUUUUUUUGUGUAUAUUGUUAAUCGAUUUUAUCUGUAUGAUAAGUAUAAUAUAGAUUGUCUCACCAUAGUGCAUAGGUUUUUUCGCCUUUUCGGGUUUAGAUGGUUGAGGUGAGAUUUUUAGGCAGAGAGCCUGCAUAGCCAGACAUAGUGCACUUUUGGAAACGCAGAAACUGUGACAGCCUAUAGUCCUACUAUAGACAAUUAAAAUUAUGGAGUUUGGACUGUGGUGGCUUUGGAAUGUAGAUAUCAAGAGACCCUUAAUCUUACAAACAUGAAGUGCAUUUCUUUUAUAUUUUCCUCAGCAUGAUAUAAAAAAUCAUGUCCCCAAUAGUCAGUCACGCCAGCCUGAAGACCUCCGCUAAAGAUUUUUUUUAAAGAUAAUAAUUAAGGGUCUUAGCGAAGAGCUGCCAAAAAACCAAGUGUCUGGCGGUUUCUCAAGAUGUCCUGGAGAAAAUAUCAUAAAAUUACGUUUUGUUGUACCCUUUAAACCUAACCUAACCUUUUGAACUUCUAAAGCCACUACGGUUCAUACUCUACAAUUGGCUAUCGGAGUAACCCAUGGUAGGAGCAUUGGCUGACAAACUGUCAGCCUUCCCAGAAUGAGGUGUCUGGCUAUAACAGGCUCUCAGUCCAUUAGGGCCCUUUACAUUUGGCGUUUCUGAAGUGUAGAUUCGUUGCUUUUAUGUGCACAGUGUGCCUAGUGGGAGUUUUCAAUAUUUUCAUACUGUUACUAUCGCGUUAACGUAAACGCGAAUUUAUAUGGAAUUGAAACAGUUGUGCAGUAGUGCCACUAGAUGGCGCUGUUUCAAUUCGCGCUUGGAAAUUCACGUUUACGUUAACGUGAUCGUCACAGUAUCAAACUGCCACUAGGCCCUCAGCAACGAGAUUCAGCAAAAUCGUGUCAAGGUUUAUUAGGUAUAUUUUACUAUUGAAUUGUUUAGUGCGACGACCACAUGGGCAUAUGUCAUAUGUCAAAAUGUACAACCAUGUAUAAACCUUAUGUCUGCUCCUCGCGUUGGCCUAUUUUUUGGCAAAUAUGUGGGCUAUCACGUAGUGCAGGUAUUUUGUAACAACCUCAAUAUUCGCCACAAUUAGACGUUAAAUAUCGGGGUUAGGCUGCUUGUCCACCAAAACGGAGCGAGGGAGCUUAGCGGAGCAUCGGAGUAAUGCGGAGCGGAUUUGCGUACUGUGUCUGUCUACCGGAGCGGAGCGAGGUUGCGGAGCGGAGUUGCAGACUAUGGUAUGUAAAUAAAUGUUAAAAAGUUAUUUAAUCCCGCUCCGUUUCCUCCGCUUACCGGUUUUAUAUGAAUUUUUAAACUAGCUCGCAAGUCCCUGUCCACUUAAGAGGAGCAGAGAUUAAAAGUGCAAUCCUAUUGGUUAAUAUUUCUCAGUUUGUCGGCUCCGCUGCCUAUCUCCGAUUUGGUGGACUAGCAGUCUUAGACUGUAUCUUAUUUAACAUCACAAUACUUAGGUGCGCGUCUCAUUUUAGGCCUUAUUUAUAAACGUCUAAUGAAAUCGUGGUAAUAAUGUUGUGUAAUUGUGAUACAGGCCUGCUAUGUCGUCAAGAUAAAAUGUACCUAAUGCACCUUGUUUUAAAGUCGUACAUUAUGUACUACCGAGUUUUAGUUAGUAAACGUUCCGCUAGUAUGACAGUUACGGUUUCGCUAAAAUUAAGCUUUAAAUCAAGGAAUAUUAGAUCUAUUUUUCACUUACGUUAUAGUGUUAAGACGCUCGAAAACGACUACGGAGUCUCAGGCUAAGUGCGUUUUUGUGUACUUAUUCGUAUUUUAUUAAUGUAUACGUGUGUGUUUUUUUUUUAACAAAACCAUAGACGAACAUCGUAUAUGAAAUAGUGCACAAAUAACUACAUACAUAAAAACGUAUCGAAUAUGUACGAGUGAGUUCACAAAUGCUUUAGGUAUAACUAACUUUCAAUGGGAUUUGUUGCGUGAAGAGUUUCGUUCACUCUAACAGGCCGUACAGACUACUUUAGUAUUAUAGUCGAGUCCGAACAAUUUUUGAAUUUACAGCCCAAAAAUCGUUUGUAGUCGACUAAAUUACUAAAGUAGUCCGAACAAGACUUAAAGCGAAGGCCAAAUCAAUGCGUGCAAACUUCUGACAAACAAAAAUGCGGUCUUAAUUAUUAUAGGUAAAUGCUGCGUGACCAUAAAAUGAGGGAACGGUAUAGAUUAUAUUACGCUCUCUUUCAUUUACAGACCUCACGGGAGACGUUAGUGAUGCACCGCAUGUACAUUGUACAUAUCGAUAUAGAGGAAUUUUACAUCCGAUAUUGUCGAAGCUGACUUUAAAAUAAGAGGAGGCAUGACUGGAUUCUACUGAACAAGUUAUAUGGAAUUAAAUCUUGUAUAAAAAUUGUAAUGAAUUCCCGCAAUGUCAGACUAUUCAUCUAAAUAUGACGCCACUCUUGACCGUGGACGUCGGUUGAACACAUUGGUUUGGUCUGUUAUAGCUUAUAUUUGAGGCUGUAGAUAGCAUUGAAGGUUGAAGGCGGCAUGUUUAAGGCUCCGUUCAAGAAAUAGAGUUUAGUUUUAUCCUUGAUAGCAAAAUAUUUAAUAAUAAAAAUUAAUAAAGAGUUGAAUAGUCGAUAAAUAAAACGUAGCUCGUUUUUAUUUUUCUGGGGUUUUCGCCUUUAAUAAUAAUUUUCGUUGGGAUUCUUAUAUAAAUAAUGUACCUACAUAUUUAAUGUAUUUUUUUUUCCAUUUGCUCUUUCACAAAUUUGUCCUUGCAAUGCCUUUUUUUUUCAAUAAAACGCGUACAAUUUAAUUUUAGAUCUUUCCUAAUAAUCUGUGUAACCUACAAAAUUUAAUCAAUAAAGCACUUAUUUUAUGAAGCGUUCUUUA